AUGGGGAAUUUUGGUUCACCGAGAAAGCAUUUGGCCACUGUGGCUUGGCUGACCUUAGCAACGAUAUGCUCUCUGCUUGGUGGCCCAUUGGUAGCCGGGGUUUGGAUGGAUAAUAUUGAUGGGUCCUAUCGUGACUUGAACGAUUUAGAGUUUCACGAGGCGAAAUAUCCAUGGGACAUGCUAUCGAUAGGCUUAAGCCUUCCCAGUAGUUGGGCCUUGGUGAUCUUUUCAAGAUACGGAUCCCGUUCUAAUGAUCAGGGGCGGUUCGCACAGCAGGUAGCACAGGAGGCCAAGCGACGUUGCGCCAAUCUCCAUCUUGAUCUACAGGACAUCUCUAGUCAGCUUCUACAGCUCCCCAACCUUGAUCGGUUGCCUCAUCUGCAAAAUAGAUUGCGCGGGUAUGUUUUCGACGAUCAACAACAACACACUUCUCAACAGGAGCCAUUACCAGCCCCAAUUGGCGAGGAGAGUCUACCUGAAGCUCAUUCACCUUCCCAACACCCUCCUCGACAAGGACCAAUAGAAGCCUCGGUUGGCCAGAAGACCUUACAUGAAGCUCAUCCACCUGCUACUCACAUUGGGAGCGCGCCAAUUCUACCCUCACGGGUGUCAUCGACACAGAACGCUCAUCUGGCGUGUGAUCUGGAUCAGGAUGCCAGUUGGUUUCCAUCAAGCUUCGGUCAAGUACCGAGGCCGGACAAAGCAAAGGGAAAGGAAGUUCUACGAAGGCAUCCAUAUACCGAUUCUGAAGACCACCUUGACUCCGAUGAAGAUGUAAAUCGAGCGUCUAGUGCAUCUGCGCGGCGUCGCUUUCAAACUCCUUCAUUUGACGACCCUGAACCCGUCAGCGAGGAUCCUCGUCUUGAAUCCCAUAGGCCUUGCAGAGAUGAAGCUACAGGCCAGACUUUGGGCAGCCCUGAUAAGAAUCAUGACGAAGAAAAGGAACAUGAUACGAUUCUGUCUCAUCUUGCGGACCAAUCUAGGUCCAUUGAAAGCACUCACGUUUCGCAAUCUUCACACCGCCAAAAAAAGACUAAAGGUGAUCCUACGUCACCGAUAAACCAGAUUGCCCCUCCGAAACUAGAUCAUACAUCCCUUCAAUUGGGUGAAGAUAAUCCGUGGGCUGCUGAGCCGAGUUCGCCUGUUAUCUCAAAGUGGAUGCGUUCUCCACCUGAACCCACUGAACACAAGCCUCCUAGUCGAGCAUUCACUCCAUUGCAGCCGGAACUGCUACAGGGGGGUCCAUCACAAGGGCAGGCAUGUGCAUCUGAGGGGUCUCGACAAAGCCUACCGGAAGCAGCUGGUCACGGUGCAGAGGAGCAUCACCAGCCUCAAAACCCUGCUAAUCGAGAUGAAAUAUAUACGCCAGCGGCCAAACCUAUGGAGCGACAAAAAGUCAGCGGAGACGCAGACAGAGCAGAGAAUGGACCCUCGACCCUCUCGAAUUCUCAGACCGGCGAUGAAGAUGAGGUAGCUCGUGGUACAACAGCAGAAGCAUUUCCAGGCUCAAACGCUAAGUCUAAUACAAGUCAUGAUGCCGAAGCUACUCACCAGACUAUACCACCAGAACCGUCUCUCCCUGCAGCAACUCCCCAGUACUUGGCCGCUGAGUCCAUCACCGUUAGUAAUGCUGAAGCUUCCCACCACACCACACCUACUGAACCCUCUCAAUCUCUCAAGUACUCAGCCCUGGCUAUCUUGCGCAAAGAGUUCGAGGCCGUGGAUCUCAGACACAAAAAAAUACAUGAAGACCCUCCAUCGUACAUGAACAUCAUAGCCGAAUGGUUCAAACUAGAAGAUUCUUGUGUCAAGAACUCACGCACCCACACAUGGAUCCAAUUCGUGUACGAUGACGAGCAAUUCCACGAGAUGAAUCGUCUCAAAGUAUGGCUGCGCAAUAGGAAACAUUAUGACUUCGAGGACGACCCUGAGACGAAGCAAUCCGAACACAAGUUCCCGCCGAAUUAUAAGGGGGCGUAUGGGAAGAGUAUUCACGAGAUUCGCGUGAGGGUCAGGAAGGAUUUGCAACCUAGGUGGGACAACAAUACGAAGAUGAUUUGA